UAAUUAAUACAGUAAAUUUCCUCCCAGCAUAAACUAAUAAGUACACUUGAGCUUCUCCGACAACGUGCAUUCCGAUUCCUAUUUUUGCGACAGUCUUUACAUAUCACGGGCCCAGAUGGCGUCCAGCGAGAAGAGCUCCGCUCCCAAGAUCCCCGGCGGAGGGCUCUCACUCUAUGCGCAUUUACUAGAUCCAAAAUCCAAGGAAGAGGGGGGAGGAGGGUCCGGCGUCAUAUCGCGCGGUCCAGUCAUUUUCAAGAAAGAUGAACAGACGGAGGAAGAGGCGCUAGAAGCCGCGAAGAAGCAGAACAUUGCCGGGGAUUGUUCCCGUUGCAAUCCAGCAGCCGCUCUCCGUUUUCAACCGAUGAGAAGACCACAAGUACAGAAGGCCAAAGUGAAGCCCGCAUUCCCCAAAGUUCCGACGGCGCCUGCGCAGGCGACCGCGGCGCAGGCGUCGAGCGAUGGCCCUGCUGCACCCGCGAUACCUCGAAGCACCCUGGCGGAUUGGGCCGGGGAGGAGGAGGACGACGAUUACGCAUACGUCGAGAAAAAGCAGCAGCAGCGGAAGAAGAAGCGAAAGAAGAACAAGCACGGCGACGCGCCUCUCGCGCAGAACUGGGACGACAUCUACGAUCCGAUGCGGCCGAACAACUAUCAGGAGUACAGGAAGAGCGACGAGCAGUACCGCGCGAUUUCGGAGUGGAAGCAGAGGCUUCAUGCGCACCAGCUGGCGCGGCGGCGAUCGGCAUCUGCGUCUAGCGAUGAGGGGACGUUCAAUCGCAAUGCCCGGUUCGCCCCCCCUUCUAACUACAACUUCGCGCCGCCGCCGAACCUCGACGCUACCGCCGACGAAACUAUGGGAGGCACAAGUCUGGCAACUGGCGACGAUGCUUACCUUCGACGUAUGCGCUUGAGCGGCGUAGGGACCGAGGCGGGCGACGAGAUAUCGAUUUCACAGCCGACACUCGGUCAACAGAACCAAGUACCGGAUAUACCGCCGCCACCUUCAAGUACCUCACCCCUACCCCCGCCGCCUCCCUCCGCACCUUCCGGCCCACCCCCCGAGCCAAACACCGCCGGCGCGAUCAUCGCGCGUGCCCCCGUCCGCUACAACCUCCCCCUACCCCCCUCAAACGUCCCCUCCACCGAUGCAGAACUACAAGCGGCGAUCAACGCAAAUGACGAGCUAGACGACGCGCCCCCCUCGCCGUCCGAGGAACCGCCCGCCCGCUCGAACCGGCCGGGCCAAGCGGGCUUCGCGGAGCGCCUGCUGCGAAAGCAGGGCUGGGCGCCAGGGCAGGGGCUCGGCGCGGAGGGGACAGGGAUCACAAAGGCGCUGCACGUCAAGGUGGAGAAGCGCAAGGUCGCGCGGACGGAUGAGGAGGGGGUGGUGUCGGUGUCGUCGUCGAGUAGGGGGAAGAUCAUCGGGGGGAAGAAGGGAAAGGCGGCGAAAGAGGAGGAGAGCGAGUUUGGGAAGCUGAGUGAGGUGGUGCGGUUGGAUGGGAUGCUGGCGGGGAUGAGCCGAGAGGCCAUUGUAGCGGAAGAGGCGGAGGGGAUGCUGGGCGAGAUUGGAGAGGAGUGCGGGGCGAAGUACGGUCGAGUCGAGCGUGUGUUCGUUGACAAGGAUGGACUCGACGAGAGCGGUGGGAUGGGAGCACCGGUGUUCGUGAAAUUCACGGCGCCGUUGAGCGCCUUGCGGGCUGUAAACGCGCUCGAAGGGCGGAUCUUUAAUGGAAACAAGAUCAAAGCUCGGUUCUUUGACGUGGUCGAUUUCGAGAAGGGCAAGUAUUCGUGAACCGGAUCAGGGGGUUUGCGCUCGACUGAUUCUCGCCAAAUGCUUUCACAGCUGGCAGGCACUUCUCAUCGGACUGAUCUGUUCUAAUUCCAUACCCCACGUUAAUUUUAUGCAUGUACAUCAUAUCCGUGCCCUUCAUCGUUAAGGUGAAU